AACAGUACAUUUACAUUGCGUAUUACUUGUGGAUUGUAGGUUUACGGUUGACUUCCCGCUCAUUUUAUCUCCAACAGUCAUCUUGUUAAGAUUAAACCUUAUACCUCAGCCAAAACCCAGUGUGCUUUAGUAUUAUUUAUUUCUUAUUCUAACUUCUGAAUUUUAGUGAGAAAUACAUUAAAAGUAAUAUAAUCAGUGGUUUCGUUUUAUAACUCGCUUUCGCGAAGCCCCGAGGGAUUCAACAUUGUGACUUGCUUGUGCAUGUCUGGCUAUUAAAACAUUUUGAUGAUAUUAGAAGAGAGCUUCUACGACAUGCCUCCUGUGAAACGCGGGAGACGUGGUGUCAGCGACGCGGACGACGAGGACGACGACUACAGGCGGAAAAGGGACAGAAAUAAUGAGGCAGUGAAAAAAAGCAGAUUCAAGUCAAAACAGCGGACACAAGAGACAUUCACACGGGUCAGCAAACUGAAAGCCGAAAACCAAAUGCUGGAAGAGAAAGUGAAGACUUUAACUAAAGAGCUGCAGUUUCUAAAGGAACUGUUCCUUGCGCACGCGUCUAACGCGCAGAACCCAAAGUUCGACGGGAUUGAUCUAAACAAAUUGCUCGAAGAUAUCCCUGAUGAUAAAGAUAGUAAAAGCAAAUAAUGCAUAGUUAAUAUAAACAAGUGUUUAGGUUAAACAGUGUGAAAUGGACAAUACUGGUUUUAAAUUUUUGUAUGGAUAUUUAUUGUGAAUGAAGAGUAUACGAUAUUUCAAGGUGAUUGUCUCGGUGGAUUAUUGUAGUUCGGAACGACUUACGUGGGUUCAAUUUCAGGGUAGAAUAAUGGAUUGGGUUUAUCUGCUCAGUAUUGAUCCGUAGUGUGGAAUUGUGUCUUAUAAGGUAGUAUACA